CGAACAUACUAGAACCGAGACGAGGAAUCAAUGUCGUAAUAUUGUGUCACGGCAUGGCCUAUGUGCGAGGAUGUUUAGUAACUGAGACCGCUACAGAUAUCGACGGCUACGACGUGGAAAAACGAAGAUUAUGAGUGGUCAAAUCCGGCAACAUAGCGACAAAGGCAAACUAAAUAGAGUGGCGAAUAUCCGGGCCCUCGUAGGGCGUGUGAGUCACCUUGUGUCUGUAGUUGCUGAUGUGGCUGAAUACACAUAAGAGCUAAAGACGUGCUUUCUUCACCCAUCCAAAUCCAAAAAACCAGAACAGUUGUAGCGAUCACAGUAAAAUCAAGUGCUGCUACAUUAGUCUUUUUGACACUUCUAUUUCCUCUCCAACAGCCUCUUCACAAUUUCAUAAAUAUGUCCACCCAGAACGACACAGCCCGCGCCUUCAAAGCCCUCCACAAGCCCGGCGACCCCCUCGUCCUCACAAACGUCUGGGACGCCAUCACCGCAAACGCCGUCGCCUCCCUACCCGCUACCAAAGCCCUCGCAACAGCAUCCUACGCUAUCGCCGCUGCCGCCGGUCUAUCAGAUGAUGAACUCACACUAGAAGUCAAUCUGCGCGCUGUAUCAGCUAUUGCCAAAGUCGCAAAGGCACACAACUUGCCCCUCACCGCUGACUUCCAAGACGGCUUCGGUGACCAGCUUGACGAAGGUGUGCGCAGCGUGAUCAAAUUGGGUGCUGUGGGGAUCAAUCUUGAAGACUUCAGCCGCGAGCUCGGUGGCUUGUAUCCCGUAGCGGAAGCACAGGAGAGGAUUCGGCGCGUCCUGGCCGUUGCGGGUGAAGAAGGGGUGCCAGACUUCGUAGUCAAUGCGCGCACUGACGCGCUGUUCGCAGGUCAGAAUGUCGACGAGGCAGUUCAGCGCGGAAAGGCGUAUCUGCAAGCUGGCGCGGCGAAUGUUUUCAUCUGGGGUGGUCCGUCGCGCAAGGGGUGGAGUAGAGGGGAGGUGGAGAAGGCCACGGAGGCGUUAGAGGGCAAGUUGAAUGUUAUUUUGGUUCGGAUGAAACCAGAUGGACUUAGUGUUAAGGAAUUAGCUGAGAUGGGCGUGGCGAGGGUUUCAGUUGGGCCGCAGCUUAUGUUGAUGACGGCGGGUAGUGUGGGCGAUGCAGCCGCGAAGAUACUCGCUGGCGAAGGAGUCUGAUGUCUGAAGAGGUUGGAUGCCUUGAACGAUCAAGUAUGAAAAGAGAUGGGCGCAGGCACAAGUUCUUAUUGUAUACUUGUUUUGUGUGAAAGAUGGGAUCUAGCCUUUCCCGCAACCCUAUUCUUGCCUCCACGGGCCAGUAUUCAUGCACGCUUUUCUGGCUCUUCUAUCCUGUAUUAAGUCAG